CGAACGGCGAACGGUUCGGUAAAAGAAGGAGAGUACUUUUAACAUUUACAUUACUGCCGGACUUGAGAUUGAAAAAGAAAAUCGCGCGCGUGAAGAACUUGAGUAUCAAUAACUUGUCUUUUCGGGAAAAAAAAAAUUAUGUUUUAGUGCAAGAAAAAAUGGACUUUUAUUAUAUGGCUAGUGCAAUAUAUUAAUUAAAAUAAAGACUUUCUAGUGACAAAUUAGUGCAAGUGAACCUAGAGUACCUGAAACUCCAUACCGUCCAAAAAAAAAACAUAUAUCCUUCAUAUUAAAAGACAUUAUUCUUAGUAAUAAUUAUGAAGUUAAUGGACAAUAAACUGAAUACAAAAAUUGUAUUAGAAGCACACACACCACAUAUUUGAGAACUGAAUGUUGUUAAUCUCUCUGUUCGAGGUGGAUUCUCCCUCGGAUAGCCUGCUGGAAGCAGAAGCUUCGCCCCCAUCGCCAGGUACUUCUUGUAGUAGAGUACCCCUUAGGUAGCUGUCCAAAAAAAAAAAAAAGUUGUUUGCUAAUUGUUGCAUGUAGCUGUUAGGGAUGCGCCAAUGCGUCUACGGCCUUCCGCUUCGUUUCGUCACCCGGAGGGUUUCUUUAGGGCCCCGUGCCAUGGAACAGCUACAGCCGCAACGGCUGUUGUAGCCGAGGCUACCGAUUCCAAUAACAAUUCGCCUUCGGGAUUUGGUGGUUGUCAUCUGAACGAUAAGUGCUCAGUGCUAGUCCAGGGCGAAGUUUCCGGUGCACCGCUAAUAGCGGCAGCACAACCACAACACGGCCCAGGUAGCCCGCAACCCAGCAUGCUUCUACUGCAAACGCAGACCCAAUUUGGAUCUAGCAGCUUCGCAGACCUGCUGAAUGCACCAUUUUCGGACGAACCUUCCGCCUUACUACAACCAGCACCAGAAGAUCUCGAUCCGUUUGCUGACGUAGCGCUACCGCCGCCCGUAUCUCCCGCUCCGCUACCUAGCUUCCAGGAAACAUAUCGCUUGUUUCAACAACAACAGCCCCAGCCACAGCAGCAGCAACAAAGUUUGCCUCCUCAACAGGAGCAACAGCCACAAUUUAAAAUGGACGACGAGUGUGGGUUCAACGUUGCCCCAUAUCAUCCAGUAGCCUCCUCCCACCAUUACGAAUACCAACAAAUGCAUCAGUAUUCGGCUACCAGUCCUUAUUAUCCCCCUCCGCCCACUUGCAGUCCCAGUUUUGAGACUUUGAUGGCGCAAGGGGGAGAAUCUUAUUCUUUGCCUUCUUAUCAAGCACCGGCCACUAGUGAACUUCAUGUUAGUACCGCUUUAAGUCCAAGACAACGACGAGCCUCCCUUCCUCUCCAACGCAGCGAGUCAACCAGCAGCAGCGAGUCUCCGAAACUUAGAAUGGUAGGUCCUUCUGCGUCAUCAUCGGCUACUUCUUCACCAGGAGGUCCUACGGAGCCUCAAGCACAAACGUCCAAAGGUCCGACGCCGCCUUCGCCUUCGCAAUUGUGCGCAGUUUGCGGUGAUACCGCUGCCUGUCAGCAUUAUGGCGUGAGGACGUGUGAAGGUUGCAAGGGUUUCUUCAAAAGAACAGUUCAAAAAGGUUCCAAAUACGUUUGUCUAGCGGACAAAGGGUGCCCAGUAGACAAAAGACGACGGAACAGAUGUCAGUUUUGUCGAUUUCAAAAAUGUUUAGCGGUUGGAAUGGUUAAGGAAGUGGUGCGGACGGAUUCUUUGAAAGGUAGACGAGGCCGACUACCAUCGAAACCAAAAUCACCACAAGAAUCUCCUCCAAGUCCUCCAGUAUCGUUGAUAACAGCGCUAGUACGUGCCCACGUUGAUACAACACCGGAUCUUGCCAAUUUAGAUUAUUCCCAGUACAUGGAACCAACUCCUAUUGAACCAGUGAUCUCAGAAGCUGAAAAAAUUCAACAAUUUUACUCGUUACUUACUACUUCGGUGGACGUUGUGAAGAGUUUUGCCGAGAAAAUACCAGGAUUCUUAGAUAUUUGUUUGGAAGAUCGCGAACUCCUGUUCCAAUCGGCCUACCUCGAACUGUUCGUGCUGAGACUCUCCUACCGAACGCAUCCGAACGACACCAAAUUGACCUUCUGCAACGGCGUGGUGCUGGAUAUGCAACAGUGCCAGAGAUCGUUUGGUGAUUGGUUGCACGGCAUCAUGGAAUUUUGUUCUGGUUUGCACUCGAUGGAAAUCGACAUAUCGGCGUUUGCGUGCUUAUGCGCUCUGACACUUAUUACAGAACGACACGGUUUGAAAGAAUCCCACAAAGUAGAACAACUCCAAAUGAAAAUCAUCUCUUCUUUACGUGAUCACGUUACCUACAACGCAGAAGCACAACGUAAAGCCCACUAUUUCAGUCGAUUACUAGGAAAACUGCCUGAAUUGAGAUCACUGAGCGUGGCAGGACUGCAAAGGAUAUUUUAUUUGAAAUUGGAGGACCUGGUACCAGCGCCGCCGCUGAUAGAAAAAAUGUUCGUCGCUAGCUUGCCUUUUUAGGAUAAAAUUUUUAGUAUUUGUUUUGUAUACGCAUCAGUGUCUGAUUGGACACUGAAUUGCUUAAGAUUAAAAAAAAAAAACAAAUCUCUCCAAACGUGAUAUGAACUAAGUUCUUUGUGAUUCGUUAUAUGUAUCGUAAGUAGAUUAGAAAGUUUUUGUUUUAAUUUUCGAAUUUUUCUAUAAAACGUUUUUGCUAUUUAGAAUCGCGAUUUUUAGGCUUUUCCUAUUUUUAAUUUUUCAUAUAGAAAAUACAUUCCAUAACGGCCUAAAAUUAUA